GGAUUUAUCCCAGAAAAGACGCUUAACAAUAGUCGGCGUCUGAGUGAGAUUGAUGAAAAAUAUUGACGUUUUGGCAAAAAAUUAUGAGGUGUCUGUUUUAGCAGUAUAAAUAACGUACGAGAACAAAAAGUCAUCAUCUGAGAUUUGAAAUUUAUCUACAGGUCUGAACAGUGAUGACUUCGGAAGGAACUUAUGACAAACUUGAAGAAACUGGUUCUCCAGGUGACAAGGCGGAGUUACUGGACAAUGAUGGUAACAUUCAGACCAUGUCAGUCAAUGAAAGCCCCGCCCACUCUGACAGUGAUCCACUGAAGAAGCCAAAGAAAGUACUUGAAGCCGGGAAAGCUGUAUUGCAAGACCAGAGUCGAGGACUGAGGAUUAUAGUGAUUAGUGCAUUUGUGUUUUCUGUUGUUAUAACAGUGGCAUUGAUAUUGUCAAUCUACCUUGGCCCCCCACAGAUUGGUGCUAAUUCAGCAGUUGCCACUGGUAUUGAAGAAUGUUCCAACGUCGGCUUACAAAUGUUAGAGAAGGGAGGUAAUGCUGUAGAUGCUGCCGUAGCUUCAAUGUUUUGUAUGGGUGUAAUAAAUGCAGAGAUCUCUGGAUUAGGAGGGGGUGGUUUCAUGCUUGUCCAUGACCAUAAAAUUGAGAAGUCUGAAGUGUUUGACUUCAGGGAGACAGCCCCUGCUGGAGUGAAAUCUUCAAUAUACAAGGCUGAUAACUCUCGGAUGAAAUUAGGAGCAACAUCUGUGGCAGUACCAGGAGAACUGAUGGGUAUGGAGAAAGCUCACACGAAAUAUGGAAAGUUGGCUUGGAAAUAUGUAGUAGCACCAGCAGCAGAUAUAGCAAGAAAUGGCUUUAAAAUGACUGGACAUACAGACAUGGUCUUCAAAAGCCCAAAGUUCAGAGAAGUUGAUUUCAUGGAAUCGAAGUUAGCAGACUUUUAUACGCUACCAGAUGGCACGUUGAAGAAAGAAGGAGAUACUAUUGUUAGACCUGAUCUAGCCGCUACACUAGAUAAAAUAGCUGCUGAAGGUUCUGACAGAUUCUACCAUGGCAGUAUAGCCAAUGAUAUUGUCAAAGAGAUCAGUAUUAAUGCUGACAUACCUGGAGCUCUUUCAAGGGAUGACUUAGCUGGGUAUACUGUGGAAGUAAGAGACGUGGUCAAAACUACAUACCAUGGUUACACCAUUGAGUCAGUACCAGCCCCGGGCAGUGGCCCUGUUGUGUUGUCAAUAAUGAACUUCCUGGAGUCGUACUCUCUCAAACAAAAUGAGGAAUCAUACCACAGGAUUCUAGAAGCUUUCAAGUUUGGGUAUGCCCAGAGGGAACUGCUAGGUGACCCAAAAUUUAACUCAGCAGUCAUUUACAAUGCAACAAAAGUGAUGAUCAGCAAAGAGGAAUCAACUCGGUUACGUAACAUGACCAGUAAUGUGACAAUGGAUGCUGGUUUCUAUGGUAAGCUGGUAGGGCUGCCAGAAGAUAAGGGGACUGCUCAUAUAUCUGUGAUUGAUACAGCAGAACUUAUGGUGUCUGUCACUACAACAAUCAAUGACUGGUUUGGCAGUAUGGUACUUACAGACUCUGGUAUACUACUCAACAAUGAAAUGGCAGACUUCAAUAAACCAGGGGAGGGAAGUGUACUGAAUGAGAUAUAUCCUGGAAAACGGCCACUGUCAAGCAUGUCGCCUACAGUAGUGUAUGAGACAGGACAUUUGUGUGGUCUGCGUAUGGUUUGUGGUGCAGCCAAUGGCACUAGAAUUAUAACAGGUAUUGCCCAGACCUUGUUGAAUAACUUGACCUUUGGAAUGACCUUGGAGAAAGCUGUCUCAUCACCAAGGAUACACAGUCAGUUGCAGAAUCCUGAUGCUAGAGUGGUAGAAGCUGAAGAGGGAUAUCCUCAGAAGAUUCUGGAUGGUCUUGCAAAGAUGGGACAUGUGAUACAGAAGACAGAUAAAGAACAGAGUAUUGUUAAUGCUGUCCUUAAAAUUAAAGAUGAUAUUGAAGCUGUAACAGAUGAUAGAAAGAAAGGCUCAGGGCCAGCUAUGUUCCACUGAUUAGAGAUUUUACAAUAGAUCUGUUAUAUGUUGUUCUAAAUUAUUUAUUGUUAUUUGUGAAGGACUGUUGUACUUUAGAAAUUUUUUUUAGAUUAACAUGGCAAGCAAUGCUUGCAUAUACAUUUUAUAUUUAAUUUUCUUUCUCCUUUCCCAUCAGCUGAAAAAAGUCCUUUUCUGUUGGUAAAUUAAUUUUAGAUUUACCAUGGUUGAGAUAAGAUUAAUUUUCAUUGUAAAGAAUCUUUAUCUUGCUCUAACAUAAAUACUUGAUACAUUUAUAUUUGUUAAAGAAAGGAUACAGAAUUUAUUUUUGUUAAUUGUAUGAUUUGUGAGGUUCAGUUCAACCCACCAGUUUCCCAGGUAGUGUAGAUACCUAAUACAACUAAUUACUAACAAAAAAGUCUUUGUUGAAACAGAGAUAUUUGUAUUCAUUAGCAUUAUAAAAUUAUUUCUAUAUAUAACAUUAACUCAAAAUGUUCUUGCAUAUUAAUUUUUUUCUGAUUUUUAUUUAUAUAGUAGAGACAGAGACAAAAUAUAUUUCAUUAAAAAUAUGUUAUUAUCAAUUGAUGAAAUUAAUGGAGUAUGGUGUUUUAUUUCUCUAUAUACAUGCGAAAUGUUGUUGUAUUAUUCCUGUUUUUUAUGCUGCAAUAAUAUUUGAGAUUUUAUUGCUUUUAACCCUUAGCCUGCUAAAUUUCUAAAAUGGACUGGUCCAUCAUUCAGUUUGGGCAAUACCAUUUAUUAUUCGAAGGGGUGUUCACUGAAAAUUUACUAACUGAAUCGCGAACAGUGCAGACCAUGAUCAGCCUGCACGGAUGUGCAGGCUGAUCUUGGUCUACACUGGUCGCAAAGGCAAAACCAAUUGCCGCCAGCAGGCUAAGGGUUAAAUAUCAUUAUUAUACAUUCUGUAUUUUCUUACCUGAACUUAUUUAGUACAGGUGGAUGGUCCUGUGUCUAUCGUCUUGCGUCAACAUUUUUACUUUAAUAUCUCCUCUGAAACUACAGAUCAGUAUCACGCUAAGCUUGGUCUGUAGCAUCACGACAUAGACCUCUUUCAGUUUUAUUUUAGGAGCCACCAGAACUAAAAGCAGAAGAACAUUUUAACAUCUUCCUGUCAGUAACCACUUGAUGGAUCUUCACCAAACAUGUUCUGUACCAUCGUUGUAUGGCCCUCUGUCAAAUUCUGCUUGGCCUCUUUUAGGGGGCUAUCAUACCUUAAAAACAGUAAAAUUGUCGAAUGACUUCUUGUCAUGAACAGCUUGAUGUAUCAUCACAAAACUUGUUCUGUAGCAUUCUGUAUGGAAUUCUAAUAUUUGAUCAAAUUGUUGACUUGACCCAUUUUAGGAAUGGGAACAGCUAAAAUUGGAAAAAAACAAACAGUUUCUUCUCUUGAACCAUUUGAAGGAACUACACCGAACUUUUGCUGUAGCAUAAUUGUAUGUUUCGCUCUCGGAAUUGUUCAGAUUGUUGCACUUGGCACCUUUUAGGGGCCAACAUAGCUCUAAGUAUUAAGAACUCUCUGCAAUUUGUUCAAAAGUGGACAUGCUUGAUGCCACAAUGAAAAAUUGGAAAACCUGGAUCAUUACAAACCUUUGCUUGUAUACCUCUUAGGUUUCUUCAAAUGGUUCCACUUUACCAACUUUUAGAGACUGCCAAAAGCUGAAAAUAAAUGAAAAAAAAAUCUUAACAACUUAUUCUUAAAACAACUUGGUGGGUCUUGACCAGACAUGUUCUGGGGUAUGAACCUUUUUCACAUUUUAGGGGCCGCCAUGGAUCUCAGUUACCGUAUGCGAGUUUAAAUGGUUUCACUUGGCCAGUUUUUGGGGCAAGAGCCAAAAAUACAUAAAACAUUAAACAACUUUUUGUCAUGAACUAUUUGGUAGAUCCUCACAGAAUUUGACCUGUAGCAUUAUUGGUUGUACCAUCUCACAAGUUGUUAAAUGGUUAUACGUUUUUUGACUGCCCCAGCAAAGAAAAAAAAUCUUCUUAAAAAAACAACGUUUAAUGAAAUGCCUGAAGAAUGUUCAUCUUACUUGACCAAAAGUAAGGUCAAAAGGUCAAGGUACUCCUGAGUGACUUGAGACCAAUUAGACCUCUUGUUAAUUAAUUUUACUGGUAAUUUCUAUUUGAUACAGCUUAUGAAGCACAUUUAUUUAUUGAUUAUUGAUUGCGUGCAAUAAUAUAAAUAAAUUAUGUAAAUAUGAAAUGAAAAUACUUGUAACAUUUUCUCACCCAUUUGUGGUAAUUUUCUUGUUCAGAAAGUUUGCUCAGAGGAUAUAUUAAUGUAUGGAGGAGGGAAAACUAUCACUGAGGGAUGAAUCUUGUCUAAAUUUGCAAAAAUAAAUGCAGGAAAUUAAGAAAAGAAAAAUAAAUACAGGAAAUUAAGAAAGCAAAUUUUGAUCUAUACUUUGAUUAAUAUUAGGGUCAAAUAUGUUUUUCAUGUUUUUGUCCGGUAUUUUUUUAUUGUGAUCACUCGCCAUCCGUCAUUAAUCUGUCUAUACUUUCCUUAAAAUAAAAUCUGCUCGGAAAUCAUUUAUUGGAAGUUAAUGAGACUUAGCUUGGAUGUUCCUUGAAUGGUUUUCUACUGAAAUUGUUAAAAGAAUAUUAUUCUAUGCAGAACUAUGAUUGCCAUGGUAACCUUUAAAGCCACAAUGCCAAGAGCUGAGUUUUGUUUGCAGCGUUGUCUGAUGGUUGUAAAUGUAAAUAUGUUUCAUACUAUUGCACUGUGAAACACAUAAAAUCAUGAACAUUCACCUUUGAUAUGUCAAAUGUUAAAAUUACGUGUAGAACUACAAGCACUAGUACCCAUUUGAGUCAGGUGAGCGGUAAAGGGUCAUCAUGUCCCUCUUGUUGAAGGUUGUCUUUAAUGUACUGAAAUCUGCAUUUAUAACGUGUUCAAUAUUUUACAUAAUUAUGUACAAAAAGGGACCAAAUUUAUUAUAGAAUACAUUUGUAAUGUUAUGUUUUGUAGACUGGGAUAUACAAUGAUCAAUAUUAAAAUUGUUCAGAGUC